AUGAUAUCCCCAAAUCUUGAGGAUAUCGAAAACUUCGAUUUAUGCUUCGAUAACUUUGAUUUAUUCGCCGAUAUCAAUGAUCAAAACAAUAACGACCGCGUUUUGCUUUCUGACAUUUCACCGUCAAUUGAUGAUUUACAUGAUCAGCAAACAGAUAGUACUAUAGCUACUUCUCCGCAAGACGCUCCAAUAAAUCCAGAUUGGGAUUCCGAAUUUGAGAAGUUACUUUCUUCUCUAUCAGAGCUUGAUCGUAACGAAACAGUGCAAACGUUAACGUUAGAUGCAAACAAUGAUCAAAAUAUUAUGGUUAAAUCAACGGAUGUAGCAGAUCCUCCGAAUUUCUUAAAUGAUUCUCAACAACAAUGGAUUCAUAUUGAAGUAAACAAUCCAAUAGGUAUACACACACAGCCAGAAUCGAAUUAUCAUGUGCGGUACGAAGCAGAUAACAAACCAUCAUUGCGCUAUACUAAAGCGAUUGAUAAAAAGCCUAUUCAAAUAAAUUUCUCACCUGACCUUUCUGGUUUUUGGAAGGAUUGCCGGGAAUAUGGAUCCAUCCCUUGGUUGCGAAUCACGCGUACAACUGUCCGCAAUUCGAAUGACAUCUGUCGCCAUCCAUAUCCAAUAUGGAUGAAAAGUAGUGGUGCAAAAGUCUAUGAUGGUUCGAUAUAUAUCAGGAUAACUGACGAUGAUAUAUUAAAUGGAUGUAUCAAAAUCGAGAAUUUAGGUAUGAUUAUUAUCAAACAAGAUAAGCUUGCAACAAUGAAUAAAUUUGCCAUUUACAAUCGAUCACAGUCUGUAUUCCUAGAAAAUUUUGAUACAAAUACUACAAAUGCAAAAACUAUAAUUGACAAGUUUAGCCUUUGUCAAUCGAAACUUUAUUUUCAAAUAAUGGUGACAGAUUCUAAUAACAUAGUGUAUCCAACAGAUUGUUGUUGUGAAACAAAAACAAUGACACAAUAUACAGGAAAUAAUAGCAAGAAAUUUAGUUCUGAAACGAAUGAACAAUCAUCGUCUAAAAAACGUAAAAGAAAUGAGGAACAAGAACCAUUAUUAACGAGAAAACCAAAGAAAAUCAAAUCAAGCUCGAAACCAUCUUCAUCAAUAAACAAAUCAGGCCAUACCUAA